AUGUUUAAUUUGUUUACUUUUCCAAUAAUGUAUACGAUUUUGACGGUUAAAAUCCAAAGGUUUUUUUUUUUUUUACAUGCUUUUAUUUCACGUAUUUGAGGGAGGACAUGCAGGAGCCACACCAUCACAAGCCCAAUAAUCAACGAGUAAUUAUCGCUUGUUUGGCUUUUAUGUGCAAUACAACAUCUACACAAAAGUCUGUAGUUAAUGUGGCGUUUACGAUGCGAAACUGCGAGCGACGCGUCUCAAACGCCGCACUACAGAAACACGCGGAGCAGCGCAGUGUGCAAAGUAGGUGCGCAAGACUGACUCGGUGGUUGCGCCCGUGUGUUUCUUUCGGGUAGAAACGUGUGUUCUAGUGUGAGCGGCCACGCUGGUACACUCUGAUUCCUGCCGGACCGGCGGACAGAACCGUCCUGCUCCUGUGUUGUUGUUGGGGUUUAUUUUGUCAGCGGACGCUGAAGCUUUUCAAACCCAGCGAGGAGAAGGAGGAGGAGUAGAAGGAGAAGGAGAAGAAGAAGAGCUUCAGUCCGCAGCUUUACUGAGCCCGCAGGUCUAUCACAGCCUGGCCGUGUGUGUGGAUGAUGGAGGAGAAGCCGCUGAGAGUGCUCUCUUGUGGGGACGUUGAAGGUAGAAUCACUGCGUUGUUCAACCGGGUGAACACAAUCCAGAAAAAGAGCGGGCAGUUUGAUUUAUUAUUAUGCGUUGGUGAAUUCUUUGGUACGUCUCCUGAGGCUGAAGCUGAGUGGGAAGCAUACAAGUCUGGUGCUAAGAAAGCUCCCAUCCACACAUACGUUCUGGGGGCCACCAGCCAAGAGACCGUGAAGUACUUCCCCAGCUCUGAUGGUUGUGAAUUGGCUGAAAACAUCGUCUGUUUAGGCCGAAGGGGUAUUUUCACAGGAGCUUCAGGCCUCCAGAUUGCAUAUGUCAGUGGCAGAGAAGCUCAGCAGGAGCCAGCGCCUGCACACUGCUUCACUGCAAAAGAUCUCACAUCCCUGCUUACUCCUCUGGUGUCCAGCUCGAAGUUCAAAGGAGUUGACAUCCUCCUGACCUCUCAGUGGCCUCGAGGAGUGUGGCAGUAUGGGAACAACCCGGAAAUUGACACAAAGUUCUGUGGAGUUUCCUCCGUCGCAAAUCUUGCAGAAAAGCUGAAGCCUCGCUACCACUUUGCCGCAUUGGAAGGGGUUCACUAUGAGCGGCUGCCAUACAGAAACCAUGUGGUUCUUCAAGAGAACGCACAACAUGUCAGUAGAUUUAUCGCCCUGGCAACAGUUAACAACCCUGCUAAGAAAAAGUAUUUGUAUGCAUUUAACAUUGUCCCGAUGAAAUGUAUGGACGCCGUGGAGCUGGUCAAACAGCCUCAGGAUGUCACAGAGAACCCUUACAGAAAACCACUGAAAGAGGGAAAGAAGUAUAAACCUCCUCCCUCUGCAGUUGAUGAGGAGGAACCUGUGUCUCAGUUCUUCUUUGAUCUGGGCCAGAAGAAGCAGCAGCAUCACCGGCACCAGCAAAAUCAGGGUGCAGGUCGGAAGCGGCAGUCGGAGGGUGACGGAUCCAGCCAGCCCAAACAACCUCGCAAACCCCCUCAGCCUACUGGACCCUGUUGGUUCUGUUUAGCCAGCCCUGAGGUGGAGAAGCACCUGGUCAUCAGUAUUGGGACACAUUGUUACAUGGCUAUGGCUAAAGGCUGCCUCACCCCAGACCAUGUGUUGCUGUUGCCCAUUGGACACUACCAAUCUGUGGUGGAUCUGCCGUCUGAUGUGGUGGAAGAGCUGGAGAAUUACAAAAGUGCCAUCAGGAAAUUCCAUAAGAGCUGCGGCCGGCGCUGCAUUCUGUUCGAGAGGAACUACCGCAGCCAGCACCUUCAGUUACAGGUGGUGCCCGUGCCCAUGGAGAGGUGCAGUACAGAGGACAUUAAGGAGGCCUUCAUGGUGCAGGCGCAGGAGCAGCAAAUGGAGCUGAUGGAGAUACCAGAGCACACAGACCUCAAACAGAUUGCUCCACCAGGAACUCCUUAUUUCUAUGUGGAACUGGAUACAGGAGAAAAGCUGUUUUAUCGCAUCAAGAAGAACUUCCCAUUACAGUUUGGCAGGGAAGUGCUGGCAAGCGAGGCAGUGUUGAACAUCCCAACGCGAUCUGAUUGGAGAGACUGCAAAAACAGCAGAGAGGAGGAAGAGGCUCUGACGAAACAAGUCCGUUCCGACUUCCAGCCCUUCGACUUCACUCUGGAUGACUGAAGAACGUGUCCAAAACAAUUACUGUUUCUCAGGCAUGGACACACUUUCACUCAGCCCAUUUGUUCUUGCUGAAUGCAUCUGUUUUUCAUUCAUAGUACAGAUUUUCAGAUUUUCUUUUUUAUGCUUUUAACCAGAUGUUGGAGCUCUUUGCUCUCACUAUUUUGAUUGAACCAGUGACCACCAGACAAUGAUUGUCCCAUGAACAACAACUGGAGGACUUGUUCUGGACUUUUUUUGGUUUUAAAUUCAUAUUUUGGAAGUAACAGUCUGGUAGUAGAUAUUAUAUAGUCAAGGUUGUCUUUUUUUAUCAAAUAAUUGUGUAUUAAAAAUACUUUUUCAGCU